AAACUCAUUCCUCCCCGUUCCUUUACCCACUGCCUCUCUCAGCUAAUAGGCAUGCACGUCAGAAUCCGUGUACAGUGCUCUGACUUCAGCUGAGCGCAAGCAACUGCAGGACGGUAGUAUUGAGCAUCUCUCCAGUGAUGGCCUCCGCCGCCGUCUUGCAGAUUCGCUCCGGCUCGUAGCGUCACCCGCGCGUGGGAAAACGCCGCCUCCCCCCCACCCCCCCGCUGAAGAAAACGCGACAUGUACAGCGUGGAGGACCUCCUGAUUUCUCACGGAUACAAGCCGCCCAAAAAUGCCCCCCCGCCCUGCGAGACGGCGCGCCACGCCGACUGCCAGCGCAAAAUGGCCGAGACGGGGUCCAGUGGCGGGACGGCGAACGGCUGUGAGGCGGACGCGGGGGCCUACGUGUGCGGCAGGCAGCCGCCGGCGAGGAGCUACUCCGACGACAAUGAGCACAAGGACAGGAACCAAAGGAGAAAAGCUGGCAGCGGUAACCAGGGCGACACGCAGCCCCCGGGUGAUUUUCUUACCAGGGAUAGCGGAUUAUAUGACAGGACCAGGGGAAUGCAGUCGCAGCCCAGGGGCGAGAGGGACGUGUCCUACUGGAGGAGAAGGGGCCAGGACUUCAGUGUCUUGCUGGAUUAUGCAGACUGCAGAGAGCUCAGGGGGAGUGGCUUCACCAGGCCUACAGAGGGGGCGUGGAUAUCUUUGGGGGAGGAGCGUGGGCGUGAGAGGCAGUGUUGGGACGAGGUAGAGUGGGAGGCGGGGAGGGACCAGUGGAGGGCGACCGGGGAUAGGAAAUGCCAGAGCCUGGGAAUGGAGGAGUGGAGACCAGCAGUGGCCCUGGGGCGGCAGCUGUCAGACAACGAGAGUGUGCGGAGGACCCAGGGUCAGUCGAGAAUCACUGCGCCGGAUGGGGGCGUUGACUCCAGGACCAAGGGAAAGUCUCUGUCCCUUCCUCGUGUGCUGCUACCGGAGAGCCUGCAGUACGUGGAUGUGUCUACGCACAGCCAAUGUGCCUAUGGUGCCCAGCGGCUCAACGGCAGCCUUUCCCACAGGCCUCCCCACAAGCACCACAGCAGGGAUUGGUGGGCUGAGAAUGGGCACUGGCCCGGCGGCCACGGAGCACUUUUACCAAAGCCUAAGUUCAGCAGGCCACUCAAGCCUCCGUCCUACGAGGCUCACCAACAGACACGGGGCAGUUCAGAGAUGCUCGCUGGAGACCAGGGGCCCCACCCAAAAGACAAGGGGUCUUGUGUCCCCAGGCAGGACUCUUUUGCACCCGAGUCUGUUGGGUCUGGCAUGGAGCCUCCGGGGUACAUACCUCCUCCGUCCUAUGAGAGGCCUCUGUUACAUAGGGGAGCCCAACAGAACUACAGUGACAUGUCGGACUUCAGACUAAAAGGGGCACCCUUUCAGCAGGUGCCUCAUGGCAUGGAGUCCGGGAGGUGGGUUUCUAGACCAACAGGAGGCUCUUGGCUGGAACAGCCGAGGGACAGGAGCGCGCCCUGCAGGAAACAAGGUCUCCCGGGUCUCUCGCCGAACAAUGUGGGGUGGGUCCAGUACCUGCCUUUUGAUGAUCCGCGAGUGAGACACAUCUCAGGAGGGCCCUGUGGGAGUGCUCUGACCGAUGCCGACAAAAUUAGACACAUCAACAAAGAGCUUCCAAGUGCUAAAGUGUUGGAACAAUCAACACACGACAGUGCCUUUCCCCCUACACAGGGACAGUACGUCAGUACUGAAACUGACAAAAGGUCUCUUAAUGAGCAUAACAAUGGCAAUAGAUGGUACAGUGGUGUGCACAAAGAGAGUGGCAACUCCUUAGCUUCCAACCAAAGCUGUAAUGAGUAUCAAAGAGACCUAUCUCCCACAGUUCAGACAAGAUUGUCCGGGCAGAGCACAAAUCUGGACAAGGUGCUCCCUGAAACCAUUACGCAGGUGAAAAAAAUAGAACCUGGAAUGGAAGGGGAGAGAAAGCAGAGCUCGAAGAGAAGGGUCAACGAGACCAUAUUCUGCCUGGUGUCAGUACCCAUACACCUGCAGCCAAACAGAGAGAGCUGCGAUCAGAACAACAACCAGAAACCGGAUCAGUCUAAUCCGGAUCAGGGGAGCUCCGCUCAGAGCAGAGAGGACACGCAUAGCCAGUCCCAGUUGAGCACAUCCUUAACCGACCUUGAGCUGCAGACACUUACUGUAAACAGGAUGAAAGACACGGGCCCGAAGAGGCCCCCACCUGGAAAAGAGUCACAGCCCCUUCAUCCAAAUAACCACAAGGAGCUGCUGUACUCUGGAUCCUGGCCUGGGGACCAGUAUCGAGAUCAAGAGACCCAGACCAGCUGCCCCGCAGCCACAAAAGGGCCUCAGGGCCUUCCACACCAGCAAGCACAUGUACAAGGCCCUUCUGCCACUGACAUCAUUGCUGACAAUGGUGUGGGUGGUGACUGCAGUGCAUUUGGGUACCCUAUGAAGGGGCAGAAGAGCCUGAACCCAUCCAGCAACAGCGCUUUCUCCAGGACUGCCAACUUCCCCAGUAAGCUUUCUAAGCCCAAAGAGGAGCCACCAGCUCCCUCAGGCAGCCCCCUGGCUCAGAGGAGUGCAGCAAAACCGUCGCCUGGCAAUGGUCAGGAGGCCUUUGGCCAGUUCCUGCUGAAGCCUGUCAGCAGACGGCCCUGGGAUGCCAUUGAGGAGCUGGAGUCCUUCAACAACGAGCUGCAGUUGCAAAUCAGCAAAAGGCCCAGCGUGGACCAGUGCAUCGAGGACCUGGACCAGGCCUACAGGGACAUUUUAGAGCUAAGCACAACCAGUGACAACCAUGAAAAUGGUAAGGCAGAAAACCUUGAUUGCAACCCAGUGAAAGUGCCCCCCAGAAAACCCAACAAAAUCCAGCAUGACUUUGAGAACUGGAACAGUGAACCUGAGUAUGGGAAGGUGAGGAGUGCUUUCUCCAGGCCACCGGCAAAGACUGUAAGCUUCCAGAAGCUACCAAACGAGCCUGGCUUUAGAGACUGUGGCCUCCUCUCCCAGAUUUCACCAGAUGUGGUAGAUGACUGCGUGGUCCCAAGCUCAGACAUCCCUGUGCUGAAGGAGUCCCUGCUUAGAGAUGUGGGCCUGACGGUUUACACUGAAGUGCCGGAGGGGCCCAGGCUGUCUACACUGGACGUCUCCACACUCACCAGCCCCCCUGACUAUGAGGAUGUAUAUCAAACUUUACUACUGUCACACGAGAGAGCAGAAGCAGCGGAGUACAAGGCAAGAAAUAUGGACGUGACUCCACACAGUUCCUUCAGGACAUUCGGACUUGGGGUGGAUCCAGUGCAACAGGAUCCCUCACUCUCCAGAGCUGAGACUGAGAGAAAGGUAAAGAAAAAGAACUUGGCAUUCGGGUAUAGUGGGGAGAACAUCAUUGAGGUUAAAGGUCAAGGUGACAAGAUUUAUUUUCAAAGGGAACAGGCUGAUUUUGUCAAGUCCAAGCCUUCAGCAGAUGGAAGAAUUAAUGAAGAAGUGGCAUCAGUGUCGGACGAGGAGGCUUCUGAUCAUUUUGAUUGGCAGAAGCAGCUGUCAUUAGCAGAGAAGCACCUAGAGGAGCUGCUGAUUAAUGAAAAGGCCAACAGUCUACCAAAGGAGGACCUGAGCAAUCUGUAUGAAGUGCAAUGUGCAGAGGGGAUCCCUGAGAAGGAGUCGAUUGAGGAACGGGCUGCUAGGAUCCUGGGAAUAGAGGUCCCUGCAGAGUCGCUUGCUGUAGGGGACCAGAAGCCUGGGACAGACACUGCUGAGCCUGUAGUGGCAAUAGAACCAGAGCCUGUGAUGACACAAGUACCAUGGGAAAGUAAAGCCAGUAGAAAGUCAUUGCAAGUGCAAAGCCAGUAUGAAGAAGUUAGUGAGGAGCCUGUGGAUCCAAAUGGAUCGAGGCAGGAGGAGGAAGAGUUGGCGGAGCCUGGAUACGAUGCCCGCCUGAGUGGGACAUUGGAAAGGCUGCUCUUGUCGGUGGCUGUCAGUAGCAGCGACGACAAGGUGUCUCGGAAUGUGAGUGGUGACAUGCAGAGAUGUGGUGCUUCCCCAGAUCCUGUGGCCCUGGAGGCUGAGGUCCUGGAGGCUGUGACCUUAGAGAAUGAGGCCCUAGAGGCUAUUGUCAUGGAGGCUGAGGCCCUGGAAGCUGUGACCCUGGAGGCUGAGGCCCUAGAGGUUGAGACCCUGGAGGUUGCAGCCCUGGAACCUGUGGACCUGGAUGCUGAGGCCCUAGAGGCUGUGGCCUUGGAGGCUGAGGCCCUGGAAGCUGUGACCCUGGAGGCUGAGGCCCUAGAGGCUGAAACCCUGGAGGUUGCAGCCCUGAAACCUGUGACCCUGGAUGCUGAGGCCCUAGAGGCUGAGGCCCUGGAAGCUGUGGCCCUGGAGGUUGAGGCCCUGGAGGCUGAGGCCCUGAAUGAUGUGUCCUUGGAGUCUGAGGCCCUGGCAGCUGAGGUCAUGGAGGCUGCAGCCCUGGAGGCUGUGGCCCUGGAACUUAAGGCUCUGGAGGCAGAGACCCUGGAGGGUAUGGCUCUUGAGCCUGAAGUCCCAGAAAAGGAGGACUUGGAGGCAGAGGUCCCAGAGGCAGAGGCCCUGGAGCUUCAGACCCUGGAGGUUGAGGCCCCACCAGUUGGGAUGGCCAACUUGUAUUGUCAAGAGGCAAUGGAGAACCUUGUCCUCCAGCCAAAGGAGAGGGGCUCCGUAUCCCACAUGGAGGACCUCAUCAUUAGGAGCCUAGAUUCAGGGGAGGAGAGCAAGGACGAGGAGGAGUGGAACAUGCAGGGCAAUGGAAACUCCAUACCACAGUUUGGCCCAAGUGACACACUCCAUUCUACGCUACCCACGCAGCCUCGCAAUGCCACUGUGGCAAAGAGGGAGAUCACACUGCCCCUGGACCUCAGUGAGUACUCUCAUGAGGCAGAGUACCUGGAUGAGGAGGAGGAGGUGCUUCCCUUCUCAGAUUCCUACGACCCCAGUCGAGUUGAAAGAGUGUAGAGCGAGAGCUUCCUCUCCAUCUGAGAAUCAGUUUGCUACACUGUGUCCCUGGCCUCCCACUACAGAUGCCUUCAUCUCAUCCCAGACCACACUGAAAUGGCCUUCUACUUCGACGCAAGCAUUGUUUACGUGGACGUCCGCCGCCGUGCUGCAAGCGCCGUUCCACUGCCAGAGGGGCGUGGCCCACAACGGGGUGCAGCUCUCCUCCCUCCUCUGGUCUUCCUCACCACCCUCAUCUUCCUCUUGACCUUGCUUUGGCUUUCCUCUUACGGACGUUAUGCAAUUCUGCAUUGUGCUCCCACCUUUCUGACCACGCCUAAUAUGUAACCCAACCGGGCCAUUAUUGAUCACACACCUGUUUAGGGUUAGCUUAAGGGUACAGCUAUUGAAUGUUUGAAUGUAAGUGCUUGUAUGGCACUAACAGACAGGCAGGCGAGUCUGAGAUUGACACAGACCUGUUCUGUUGCAGAUAUUAGCCGCGUUACCAGCAGUAAAUUUAUACCAUUCAGUGUUUUAUGAAUCUUAUGCUGAAGAGGACUUCAUUGCCUUGGGCCAAGGAACUUCAGCCAUUGAUCUCAAUAACAGUCAUGCUUUGCGUUAUUACCAAUACAUAAAGCUCUUAGAUGUACAGUGGGGGUAUCUUUGAAGGUGUAGAUGAUCAGGUGGGGCCAGAUAAAGAACCCUUUGGUUAUUUUAUUUGAGUGAGCCAGAGCAAUAUUUUUAUAUUCCCUUUGCUUGGGAUUCUUCAAAGGCGGUUUGUGGUGGUGAACAGGAGUCCUUAACAGAUCCUGGCUUUAAUAGGGGUUCCUACUGUUCCUCCAUGACAAAAAUUUGAUAAAUAAGCCAGAUUUUUUCCCAUCAAAACAGCAUUCUGAACAUGCAUUGCAAAGAUAAUAUUUCACAAAAUAUUUAUUUUUGUUAUUUCAUUGACAUGUUAAUCUACAUAAUGUAAAAAAGUAUAUUUUAAAUGUAUUUUAAGAGAUAUUUUGUAUUUAACCAUUCAAUUUUAUUUUCCCACUUCAAUUAAACUUGAAGUGCAUUAUAACUGUAUAUUACCACAAGAAUAUAUAUUAUUUUAUAAAAAUUGUGUCAAAGAAUGAAAUAUAUUGAAGUUCGAAUUCAGUGUGCCGAGAACACACACUAUUUUGUUUAUGAAGGAUAAGGUUUGUUGUAUUGGAUUUAUAUCUGUCUGAAACACGAUUACUUUUAAGUUUAGCCAUUGAAUAAUACAUUUUACGAACUAAGAAAAAUAAUAUUUCAUGUCUGAAAGCAGACUUGGCAAUAAUAGUAUGUUACAUAUACAAUAAAUAGACAAGACACAUUAGCAAUGAAGCAGCUACUCUGGUUUGUGUUUUGUGGUUAUUCAAUUUACUCUAAUUAGCCGUAGUUUUAUAUAUAUACACUUUAUAAGCUGGAACAAAAGCGGUAUAAUUGAUUUGUUAUCUAUUUUGUCUUUACUUGACUGCCUUGCACAUUGCUAAUUACCAUCUCAGUAUAGAUUUAUACUUUUUAUAUUUUUUGGUCAUUAACUAAUUGCAUUCAUUACAUUAUACUAUAUGCAAGCGUGUGAUUGCUAUGUCGAAUAUUGGUUCAUGGAUUCUUUUUUAUUUUUAAAUUGAUUCCUAUAUCUGAAAGUUAUCUAUUGAAAGUUACAUUUCUUUGGUGUUGAUCAUACAGUUUAUUAUACAAACUUUUCUAUCCUGAAGUAAUAAAAAAAAAAAACCUUGUCACAUUUUCCAGGUCCCAACAGUAGUGCGAUCAGCCAAUAGAAUGUUCUGGAGUUGUGUCCAGCAAGUCACGAUCAAUCUGAGACACUAAAGCAGUUGGUCAGCGAAAGGUGGUGACUGGCUUUGACGGUUUUUAUAUGUGGCUGGGAUUACUUUGCUGACAUGUUUUCCAAGUGUUGUAGAGGAAAGGGGUGCUCAUUGACUCCCCAAACUCCCUCUCUUGGCUUAGCGUAUGCCUAGAGGACUUGUAACUAGGUGUGUGAAUCUUUUGUAUUGGAGGUUUUAUGUGCAUCAUGAAUAAUUCUGCACACUGCUGUUGUAAUAUUUUCUAUUUUCAUAUGGACUUUAAAUGCUUUUUGUACACAUAGGCAUUUCUUCCCUCCUUGCAUUAGAUGAGAGAGAUGGGCGGAGGAGAAAUAAAGGUGUUUGCAUAUAAUUGCAUUUGGUACUCUACACAGUAUUCAACCAUUAUAUUUCAUAUAGCAUAUUUUUAUUUUCAAAACUAUGCCAAGUAUUUAAAUCAAAACAAGCUAUUUUUAGAGUAUUUUAAAGGGAACUCUGUAUUUAUGGAUAUGAAAUUGACCAUGAAAUACAGAGGUAUGAGUGUGCUACCGUUGUAUAAUUCUGCUGACAGUUCAUAAAUAAACCAUUUGCAUGAAAGUUU